CAACGGGGACUAAAGGCGGAGUCUAGAGCCGGGCGGCCAACUUCCUCCUGUCUCCCGGUUUAGCGCUUCAGCCCGCAGUUCAUUUCCGGUGGGGGUGCCGCGCCCAGUGAGGGCCCGGAAGUGGGUCGCGCGAAGACCGCUGGGCGGUUCUUGCCGGAAGUGGAGAGCGGCUGAUCGCAGUCCGGAGGUGAGGCGGAACUCUUAAGCAGGUGGAACAUGGCUGAUAUGCAAAAUCUUGUAGAAAGAUUGGAGAGGGCAGUGGGUCGCCUAGAGGCAGUGUCCCACACAUCUGACAUGCACUGUGGGUAUGGAGACAGUCCUUCAAAAGGAGAAGUUCCAUUUGUGCAAGCAUUUGACUUGCUGCUUGCCAAUCCUGUGGCAGAGUACUUGAAGAUGAGUAAGGCGAUUGGGGGAGACGUGCAGAAACAUGCAGAGAUGGUUCACACAGGUCUGAAGUUGGAGCGAGCUCUCCUGGUUACAGCUUCUCAGUGCCAACAGCCAGCUGGUAAUAAGCUUUCUGAUUUGUUGGCACCCAUCUCAGAGCAGAUCCAAGAAGUGAUCACCUUUCGGGAGAAGAACCGAGGCAGCAAGUAUUUCAAUCAUCUAUCAGCUGUCAGCGAAAGCAUCCAGGCCCUGGGCUGGGUGGCUCUGGCUGUUAAACCUGGCCCCUUUGUGAAAGAAAUGAAUGAUGCUGCCAUGUUUUAUACAAACCGAGUACUCAAGGAGUACAGAGAUGUGGAUAAGAAGCAUGUGGAUUGGGUCAAAGCUUACUUAGGUAUAUGGACAGAGCUACAGGCAUACAUCAAGGAGUUCCACACCACUGGCCUUUCCUGGAACAAAACGGGGCCUGUGGCAAAAGAACUGAGUGGAUUGCCAUCUGGACCAUCUGUUGGAUCAGGCCCCCCCCCCCCCCCCCCCCCCAUAGCGCCCAAGUCCCCCAGUUCAGGCUCCGAUGACUCUGCUUCCCGCUCAGCAUUGUUUGCGCAGAUUAAUCAGGGGGAGAGUAUCACACAUGCCCUGAAACAUGUAUCUGAUGAUAUGAAGACUCACAAGAACCCUUCCCUGAAGGCUCAGAGUGGUCCAGUACGCAGUGGCCCCAAACCAUUCUCUGUACCUAAACCCCAGUCUAGCCCAUCUCCUAAACCAGCCUCAAAGAAGGAGCCACCUCUGCUGGAACUGGAAGGCAAGAAGUGGAGAGUGGAAAACCAGGAGAAUGUUUCCAACCUGGUCAUUGACGACACUGAGCUGAAGCAGGUGGCUUACAUAUACAAGUGUGUCAACACGACAUUGCAAAUCAAGGGCAAAAUUAACUCCAUUACAGUAGAUAACUGUAAGAAGCUCGGCCUGGUAUUUGAUGAUGUGGUGGGCAUUGUGGAGAUAAUCAAUAGUAGGGAUGUCAAAGUUCAGGUGAUGGGGAAAGUGCCAACCAUUUCCAUUAACAAAACAGAUGGCUGCCAUGCUUACUUGAGCAAGAAUUCCCUGGACUGUGAGAUAGUCAGUGCCAAAUCUUCUGAGAUGAACGUCCUCAUUCCUACAGAAGGUGGUGACUUUAAUGAGUUUCCAGUUCCUGAACAGUUCAAGACCCUGUGGAAUGGGCAGAAGUUGGUCACCACAGUGACGGAAAUUGCUGGAUAAGCGAAGUGCCAUUGGGUCCUAUGCCCUCUUCACUCCAUGGGAUAAAUCUGUAUCAAGACGGUUCUUCUUCUAGAUCUCCUCUACCUUUCUGCUCUUAAACUGCUUCUCUGCUCUGAGAAGCCCAGCUACCUGCCUUCACUGAAUAUACCUCAGGCUGAGAUUUGGGGUGGGACAGCAGGGCAGUGGAUCUUCGGCAGGAAGGUGCAGCUUCUCCGCAUCUGCGCAGCUGCACUGCCAGUCCGUUCUUAAGGAGCUGCAGGCCCAGACCAGGGCACUGACACGGUCAGCUUUGGGGGUCGUUCUGCCAACGAACAGUCCUUUGGGAAAGACAGUCUUGGGAAUCAAGAGCUCAGAAUACAUACUUAAUCUUUUCCUAACAGUGAGCGUGAUGGGAGCAGGAGCUGAUGUGGCUCCAAAGGGUUUUUCUAACCAAACUAAUUUUUUGCCAUUGACAAGUGAGGCCAGGGUUGCACUGGACCAAAAGCUGAGGCCUGGCUAUCCCGCAUUCCAAGCAGAUUCGUUUCCUAAAAGCAUUCCUUCAUUCAGCAUUCCAUCCAGGGUCCCCCUCAACCAUGAGCUAGGAGGCUGUGCACUCCAGCUGCAGUAGCAGUCAGUACCCUGGUCUCUAACCCUUUUCCUCUGGGCUGCCUGCCUAGUACCUUCCUGUGGGGACAACCUAGAAAAGUGAAAAACAAGGAAAAGCAACACAGCAUUCCAAGGAAUCUGGUCUUCCUCCUCCCUGCCAGGGUCCUCUCAAGGUCUCCACAGCCUCCUCCUGCCUGUCAUGCUCAGCAGCUUAGAGCCUCAGUGUAGGCCUGAGCAGAGGACUAACACCUCCACUGCAGGCUGUUUAGGGCUUGAUUUACAUAAGAAUCUUGUACAGCAUUGCUAUUGUAAAUUCCAGUUCUCCCACAUGACCAAAAUAUGCAACUUUUUUUUGUUGGGAAGAGAGAUUGUCCUGUGACUUCUACCCAUUUCCUGAGGCCUGUGGAAAUAAACCUUUAUGUACUUAAAGUUAUACAGAAAAUAGAAUAAAAUUAAUACCAAACUUG